UUUCAUACUAGCAAGCAGAAGUCACUCAUUUCAUGUGUUGUGAAGCUAUAGUAAGGUUCAGAAGUGCAAGCCAUCUAUGAAGAUAUGGUUUUUGAACUGGACAAAAUGGACACUAGUGAAAACUAUCAUUCUCUACCAGAAACAGAGGAUGAUAUUCAUGUGAUUAUGGAGGACUGCCACCCAAAGCUGAAAAAAUGCACAGCAAACCAAAACCAGGGACAAUGUGAGGAAGGAUGGAAGUCUCUUGGUUUAAAAUGUUACUACUUCUCCACUAUUAAACUGGACUGGACACAGAGUCAAGAUUACUGUGUGGAGAAAGGAGGCCAUCUGGUCAUUAUAACCAGCCAAAUUGAACAGGACUUUGUAGUUUCACAAAUCGGAGAAACACACGGGAUUGGCUUGCAUAACUUGGAGACUGAGGGACAGUGGAUGUGGGUGAACAACCAGCCCUUAAAGGAGACGGGUGUAACGUUCUGGUACAGUGCUCCAGAGGGACCAAAUGAGCCUGAUACCUGGAAAAUUCAGGACCCUUCUGGAGAGAACUGUGCUGCUCUGGGGGAUGGAAAUGGUAACAUAAAUAAAUGGUUUGAUGCGUCUUGUAGUACAAUAAAAAAGUGCAUCUGUGAAAAGUAAAAGAUUUCUUUUUCACUUCUGCCUGCAAAUGCUUGUCUUUCAGAAUGGAGGACAAAAUCUUGGUUGUUGACUAUGAACAUUUGCUAUUAUAAAACAGCUGAAGUCAAGUUUACCUAUAGUUUAUUUUUUAACUUGUACACAACCAUGUACACAAUUUAUAUACAAGGUAAUCUUUUACAGGAUACAUUUUCACUUUUCAGCCACAUUGUAAAAUGUUCUUGUAUUUUUUAGCUUGUCUUAACCACGUGAUCAUUAGAAGAUAGUGUGAGAGAUCAUGUUAGCUGAAACUACAUGUAACA